AUGGACGCUAUGCAAGAACGGACCAUUUCCCAUUUCCCCGUUGUUCUCGCGAUCCAGAACACAGCUGCUGCGUUCGAAUUCGGUUACGGUUUCUCGUGGCUUAUAGUCCCUGCCGAUCCGGAUGCGUUCGGUAUUGAAGGUCAAGGAGACAUCUUUGUCGUGGAGGAGACUUCGCCACCAUCAGCAAAUUCUUAUAUCCAAACCAACUACACAGCCGGGCUGGACGUCGGGCAAUGGAAUCUGUCUUGGGCCUUGACUAACGCCAGAACUUGUGUGGAUGCUAGCAUGUUUGUGGAUGAGACUUUUUUCACGACGAUCAAUAAUGGAUCCUUCGCGUUUACUAUUGCGGAUGGUGCUCCAAGCCCCAGUCCACUUGGCGUUGUCAGUUACAGCACCGUUGAGACUUACUCUGUCGUCAGUGGGUACAAUAUUUGUCUAGUGACUGCGUCCGUUGCCCCGUCGCCGAGUCCUUGCAGGGUUACAAUCGACGAUGCGCAAGAGAACAGUAUAUACAAAACGCUGGAUCUCUCUGUCAUCAUUGCUGCCACAACGACAUCUUCGAGCUUGAGUACGACGCAAACUGCGACGUACAAAGUGGCAACCACAUCGCAGAAAAGCAGCAUGACUGCUACUUCAGCUAGCUCUACACUGCAAUGA